CACAGCCAUAUGAUGAGCCUGCGCUGUUUGGUCAGUUGAACAACAACCGAAUCAAAGAUGGCGGACGAUAGCGCAGAAGUAGAUGGACGUUUUGAAAUAACUCUUUCAGAUGCAGAGGAGAGAAUGGGGACCGAAGGUGACAAUGAAGAAGCCAAUCAAGGAUGGGCUGAUGCUAUGGCCAGAAUUCUUCAAAAGGAACUUCCAGAGAAUAAGCCUCCUGUGUUAGUGAAGUACAAGAAGAUUGAAAAGAGAAGAACUGAGAGGAAGGAGGAAAUCACUUCAAAGAGGCUGAAAAGCCAAGAACGUCAUGCUAUGCUUGAAAAGGACCACAUCAAACCUGAUGGUUCAACGAUGGAUUAUGAAAAGAAUUUAGUAAAAAUAGCAACAAGAGGAGUUGUAAAACUGUUCAAUGCAGUCAGCAAACACCAGAAAGAGAUGGAAAGUAAGCUUAGGUCUGCUCCUACUGAAGCCAAAAAAUCAAAAGUUGUGGAAUCAAUGUCGAAGUCUGCUUUUCUUGACAUGCUGAAAAGUAGUUCAGAUAAAGCACGGACUCGGGAAGUGAACGAGAAACAGAAAGAGAAGACUAACGACAGCACCACAACAGACAAUUCAUCGUCAUGGAAUAUUUUACGGGAUGAUUUCAUGAUGGGCGCGAAGAUGAAAGACUGGAAUCGAGAGGAACAACAAACCAAAAGGAAAGAUAAGAAAGUGACGAACAUUACUGAUUAUGAACUGGAAACCAGUCAUGCAGACUUUUUUGAUGAAUCUGACGAAGGAGACAAUGAAGAGUCAGAUUCGAAUUCAGAUGAAGGCUAGCUCAGGUCAUGUUGUUUUAUUGCAAUUCUGUCGCGCUAUUUUGAAGCAAGUAUGUCACGUAGAUGACGGUAUUUUUGACGCGUUACUGUCAUGCUAUGUGUCAGGGUUUGAUGCUAUUCUGUCACGGUUAACGGUGUUAGUUUGAGGCGAUUCUGACCUGAUUUUGGUCCUUUCUCCGAGAACCUGUGUGGUGUAGAUUCCGGUGUAGCGAUACACGACGGUAUUUGUGGUCACUGUAUGGAAAUAUAGCUUAUCUUAAUAACAUGACACUGUGUUCCCGCAGAUUGGUCAAAAUAUUAUUUGCGUCCUGUGAACCAAUACAGGUGUACUUCAUGUAUGCGACGAAAAUUACUCCUACCUUGUUUUUCUGUGACACAGCCUAAAGAACAUUGAAGCGUAUGAUUUCGGAGUUCCCCUCCCCCCAAGAGUAGUCUAAGAGUUCUUCAUGACUCAUCGUUCCUUGAUUACCCGUACCCUAUCGUACAUCACU